UUAGGCAAGCGUGAGCGCGCCGCGGCAGGGCCAGACGCCAUCUUAUUUUGAAACUCUGAUGUGAAGGAGCAGCAACUCUUCCAUUUCAGUAGAUUAGUUGUGUGAGAGUAAAAGGAAUGAAGAACUGAAAAAUCUUACAGGAGAGAUGAUACUCCACUUGAUUUUAAUCUGAAGGACUCUACCAGCACUUGGACCCACAGAUCAGAGCACACAUUUGGAAACUAAUAAUUGUAACACCCUUUGGGGGGUGGGGGGGGGGGAGCAGAAGUAGCUUAUCACCGAAGUGACUAAAGGGGAAUAAUGGUGAUUUUGCGCCGUGCUCGGCCGCCUGCUUCCGCCCCAACCAGCAAUGAAUCUUGAUUCGCUCUCGCUGGCUUUGUCUCAAAUCAGCUAUCUGGUGGACAAUUUAACAAAGAAAAACUACCGAGCCAGCCAGCAAGAAAUACAACAUAUUGUGAACCGUCACGGUCCUGAGGCAGACAGGCAUCUACUACGCUGUCUCUUUUCCCAUGUGGAUUUCAGUGGCGAUGGUAAAAGCAGUGGCAAAGACUUUCACCAGACACAGUUUCUGAUCCAAGAGUGUGUGUCUCUGAUAUCAAAGCCAAACUUUAUAUCUACUCUGUGUUACGCCAUCGACAACCCCCUGCACUACCAGAAGAGUUUGAAACCAUCCACUCAUCUUUUCGCUCAACUGAGUAAAGUCCUGAAACUCAACAAAGUCCAAGAGGUGAUAUUUGGCCUUGCUUUGCUUAACUCCAGCAACACCGACCUUAGGGUUUUCGCCGCACAGUUCAUUAAGCAGAAACUUCCAGACCUCCUACGUUCAUACGUUGACGCGGAUCUCAGUGGAACCCAAGAAGGUGGCUUCCAGGACAUCGCAAUAGAGGUGUUGCACCUGCUGCUCUCCCAUCUCCUGUUUGGACAGAAGGGAGCCAGUGGGGUGGGGCAGGACCAGAUCGACGCCUUCCUUAAGACACUUUGCCGAGAUUUCCCCCAGGAACGCUGCCCUGUGGUGCUCGCACCACUGCUGUACCCUGAAAAACGGGACAUUCUCAUGGACAGGAUCCUGCCAGACUCAGGGGAGUUAGCUAAGACCAUCAUGGAGAGCUCUCUUGCCGACUUCAUUCAAGAAGUUGGAUAUGGCUUCUGUGCUAGUCUGGACGAAUGCCGAAACAUAAUCCUCCAGUAUGGGGUGAGAGAGGUGACGGCCAGUCAGGUAGCCAGGGUCCUGGGAAUGAUGGCUCGAACCCACUCUGGUCCAUCUGAUGACAUCACAAUUCAGUCCAUCUCUGCUCCAGGAAGUGGUAUCUGGAGUGAUGGCAAAGAUAAGAACGAUGGUUCUCAGGCCCAUACCUGGAACGUUGAGGUUCUUAUUGACGUUGUCAAAGAAGUGAAUCCCAACCUGAACUUCAAAGAGGUGACUUAUGAACUGGACCACCCGGGCUUCAUAAUCCGGGACAGUAAAGGCCUGCAUAUAGUGGUGCACAGUAUCCAGAGAGGGCUGGGCCUGGAGGUCUUCCCUGUCGACCUCAUCUACCGACCUUGGAAACAUGCUGAGGGACAGUUAUCAUUCAUUCAGCACUCCCUGAUGAACCCAGAUGUGUUCUGCUUUGCUGACUAUCCUUGUCACACUGUGGCCAUCGACAUCCUCAAAGCCCCACCAGAGGACGACAACAGAGAAAUUGCCACAUGGAAGAGUCUGGACCUGGUGGAAAGCCUUCUCAGACUCUCUGAGGUUGGGCAGUACGAGCAGGUGAAGCAACUUUUCAGCUUCCCAAUCAAGCACUGCCCAGACAUGUUGGUUCUGGCACUGCUGCAGAUCUCCACCUCCUGGCACACACUGCGCCAUGAGCUCAUCUCUACCCUAAUGCCCAUCUUUCUGGGCAACCACCCCAACUCUGCCAUUAUUCUGCACUAUGCCUGGCAUGGGCAGGGCCAGUCUCCUUCCAUUCGUCAGCUUAUUAUGCAUUCUAUGGCAGAGUGGUACAUGAGAGGAGAGCAGUAUGAUCAGGCUAAGCUGUCUCGCAUCCUGGAUGUGGCCCAGGACUUGAAGUCUCUUUCUAUGCUGCUGAAUGGUACUCCGUUUGCCUUUGUUAUUGACCUUGCUGCACUCGCCUCUCGCCGUGAAUACCUCAAACUUGAUAAAUGGCUGACGGAUAAAAUCAGAGAGCAUGGGGAGCCUUUUAUCCAGGCCUGCGUGACAUUCCUGAAGAGGCGCUGCCCGUCUAUAAUGGGGGGUCUGGCCCCUGACAAGGACCAGCCCAAAAGUGCCCAGUUGCCCCCAGAGACUUUAACCACCAUGCUGACUUGUUUGAAGUCCUGUGCUGGGAGUGUGUCUCAGGAGUUGUCGGAGACCAUCCUCACCAUGGCUGCCAACUGUAAUAAUGUCAUGAAUAAAGCUCGGCAGCCGCCGCCAGGAGUAAUGCCCAAAGGACGAGCCCCGAGUACUAGCAGCUUGGACGCCAUCUCACCUGUGCAGAUGGACCAUCUGACUGGUAUGAGCAACUUGAGCCUGGGUGGAACGGCUACCUCCCACACUCAGAGCAUGCAGAGCUUCCAAACUUCUCUGACUUCAGCUCUCAGUAACCCCCUCUCCCCUGCAAAGGCCUUCCCACCACUCCCUAACCCUAACCCCAGCACGCCGUUUGGGGGCAUUAAUAUCAGCUCGCAGCUCCCUGCUAUGGACUCUGGUCCACUGGGCUCAGGUAUCGGAUCCAACAGUGGCUUUAGUCUGGGAAUGCCGACAGUAACAGCCGAUCCGUUUGGUACCAGGAAGAUAAGCACACCGGGCUUGAACCCGCCUACCUUUCAGCAGACUGAUCUUUCUCAGGUGUGGCCUGAGGCAAACCAGCACUUUAGCAAGGAGAUUGAUGAUGAAGCAAACAGCUACUUCCAGCGAAUCUACAACCACCCGCCUCACCCAACUAUGUCUGUAGAUGAAGUACUGGAAAUGCUUCAAAGGUUCAAGGACUCGACCAUCAAGCGGGAACGAGAAGUGUUCAAUUGCAUGCUUCGAAACUUAUUUGAGGAGUAUAGAUUUUUCCCCCAAUACCCCGACAAGGAGCUGCACAUCACUGCCUGCCUCUUCGGUGGCAUUAUCGAGAAAGGUCUUGUGACCUACAUGGCCCUGGGCCUGGCCCUGCGAUAUGUUCUGGAAGCCUUACGGAAACCGUACGGAUCAAAAAUGUAUUACUUUGGAAUUGCUGCUCUAGAUCGAUUCAAAAACAGACUUAAGGACUAUCCUCAGUAUUGUCAACACCUGGCCUCAAUUGCCCACUUUUUGCAGUUUCCUCACCAUUUACAAGAGUAUAUCGAGUAUGGACAACAGUCCCGGGACCCUCCGGUGAAGAUGCAGGGCUCCAUCACCACACCUGGAAGCCUGGCUCUGGCCCAAGUUCAGGCCCAGUCACAACAACCUGCCAGCCUCAAAGCCCCACAGCCAGGCCAGCCCAGCACCCUGGUCACCACUACCACCACCACAACCACAGCAGCCAAGACCAGCACCAUCACCAGACCUACACCCAGCACCUUCAAGAAAGAUAUGCCUCCUUCCAUUAACACCACCAACAUAGACACCCUACUGGUGGCCACUGAUCAGACAGAAAGGAUUGUAGAACCUCCAGAGACCGUUCAGGAGAAGAUUGCUUUCAUCUUCAACAACCUUUCUCAGUCCAACAUGACACAGAAGGUUGAAGAGUUAAAAGAAACUGUGAAGGACGAGUUCAUGCCAUGGGUGUCUCAGUACCUGGUGAUGAAGCGUGUCAGCAUCGAGCCCAACUUCCACAGUCUCUAUUCGAACUUCUUGGACACCCUCAAGAACCCAGAGUUAGUCAAGAUGGUUCUCAAUGAAACUUACAGGAAUAUUAAGGUGCUUCUGACCUCGGAUAAGGCAGCUGCAAACUUCUCUGAUCGCUCCCUGCUGAAGAACCUGGGCCACUGGUUGGGCAUGAUAACGCUGGCUAAAAAUAAGCCCAUUCUAUACACAGAUCUGGAGCUUAAAUCUCUGCUGCUGGAAGCUUAUGUGAAAGGCCAGCAGGAGCUGCUUUAUGUUGUUCCCUUUGUGGCCAAAGUCUUGGAGUCCAGUCUGCGUAGCAUGGUUUUCAGACCUCAGAAUCCUUGGACUAUGGCCAUCAUGAAUGUUCUUGCUGAGCUUCAUCAAGAACAUGACCUGAAGUUGAACCUAAAGUUUGAGAUUGAAGUUCUGUGUAAGAACUUGUCUCUGGACAUCAACGAGCUGAAGCCUGGAAACCUGCUGAAAGACAAAGAGAAGCUGAAGAGCCUGGAGGAGCAGCUGUCUGCACCAAAGAAAGAAACCAAACCUCCAGAGGAGCUGCUACCAGCUUCUACCACAGGAGACUUUGUUCCAUUUGCAGCUCCUACCGCAACUCCAGCUGCAACCACCACCACGUGCACGACCACCGGGCCCCCCACGCCACAGUUCAGUUACCAUGACAUCAACGUGUACUCCCUGGCCGGCCUGGCCCCACACAUCAAUAUAAAUGUCAAUAUCCCGCUGCUGCAGGCUCAUCCUCAGCUGAAGCAAUGUGUGCGGCAGUCAGUGGAGCGGGCGGUCCAGGAGCUUGUGCACCCUGUGGUGGAUCGUUCCAUCAAAAUUGCAAUGACCACCUGUGAACAAAUCAUCAAGAAGGAUUUUGCCCUGGAUUCAGAGGAGUCCCGCAUGCGUGUAGCUGCACAUCACAUGAUGAGAAACCUGACUGCUGGCAUGGCCAUGAUCACGUGCCGCGAGCCUCUGCUGAUGAGCAUCGCCACCAAUCUGAAGAACAGCUUCGCUGCUGCGCUCAGGGCACCGACCCCCCAGCAGAGGGAGAUGAUGGAAGAGGCUUCUGCCAGAAUCGCCCAGGACAACUGUGAGUUAGCUUGCUGCUUCAUUCAGAAAACCGCCGUGGAGAAGGCUGGCCCCGAAAUGGACAAGAGACUGGCCACGGAGUUUGAACUGAGGAAACACGCUCGCCAAGAAGGUCGCCGUUAUUGUGAUCCAGUAGUUCUGACCUACCAGGCUGAACGUAUGCCCGAGCAGAUCAGACUCAAGGUGGGAGGAGUGGACCCCAAACAGCUGGCUGUUUAUGAGGAGUUUGCCAGGAACAUCCCAGGUUUCUUACCAAGCAAUGAUCUCUCACAACCCACCGGCUUUCUAGCUCAGCCCAUGAAGAACCAGGCAUGGGCCACUGAUGACGUGGCUCAGAUCUAUGAUAAGUGCAUAGCAGACCUGGAGCAGCAUCUUCAUGCCAUUCCUCCAGCACUUGCCAUGAACCCUCUGACCCAGGGCCUGCGGAGUUUACUGGAAGCUGUGGCUUUAGCCAGGAACUCCAGGGAUGGGAUUGCUGCUCUCGGCCUCCUGCAGAAGGCUGUGGAGGGUCUUCUGGAUGCCACAAGUGGAGCUGAUGCUGACUUGCUGCUGCGCUACAGAGAGUGCCACCUGCUGGUGCUGAAAGCCCUGCAGGACGGGCGUGCUUAUGGACCACAGUGGUGUAAUAAGCAGAUCACCAGGUGUCUGAUUGAAUGCCGCGACGAAUACAAAUACAACGUGGAGGCCGUGGAACUUCUGAUCAGGAACCAUCUAGUAAACAUGCAGCAGUACGACGUGCACCUGGCGCAGUCUAUGGAGAACGGGUUGCACUACAUGGCCGUAGCGUUUGCCAUGCAGUUGGUGAAGCUGCUGCUGGUGGACGAGCGCAGCGUGAGCCACGUCACCGAGGCCGACCUCUUCCAAACGAUCGAGACCUUAAUGAGAACCUGCGCACACUCCAGAGCCAAUGCACCAGAGGGGCUUCCCCAGCUGAUGGAUGUUGUUCGCUCCAACUAUGAGGCAAUGAUUGACCGAGCUCAAAGUGGACCCAACUUCAUGAUGCAUUCUGGGAUUUCUCAGGCUUCGGAAUAUGAUGAUCCUCCAGGCCUGAGAGAGAAGGCCGAGUACCUGCUGAGGGAAUGGGUCAACCUGUAUCACUCAGCUGCAGCUGGAAGGGACAGCACCAAAGCUUUCUCUGCCUUCGUUGGCCAGAUGCAUCAGCAGGGCAUCUUGAAGACGGAUGACCUGAUUACGCGGUUCUUCCGUCUGUGCACUGAAAUGUGUGUGGAGAUCAGCUACCGUGCACAGGCUGAACAGCAGCACAACCCCGCAGCCAGCGCAGCCAUCAUCCGAGCCAAAUGUUACCACAACCUGGACGCCUUUGUGAGGCUCAUAGCCCUGCUGGUGAAACACUCUGGAGAGGCCACCAACACGGUGACCAAAAUCAACCUUCUCAACAAGGUCCUCGGUAUUGUAGUCGGUGUCCUGAUUCAGGACCAUGAUGUCCGUCAAACAGAUUUCCAGCAGCUGCCGUACCACCGCAUAUUCAUCAUGCUGCUGCUGGAGCUCAAUGCCCCCGAACACGUCCUGGAGACCAUCAACUUCCAGACCCUCACUGCCUUCUGCAAUACGUUUCACAUCCUGAGGCCCACUAAAGCCCCGGGCUUCGUGUACGCCUGGCUGGAGCUCAUCUCUCACCGCAUCUUCAUUGCCAGGAUGUUGGCACACACGCCACAGCAGAAGGGUUGGCCCAUGUAUGCACAGCUGCUGAUUGAUCUCUUUAAGUACCUCGCCCCUUUCCUGAGGAAUGUAGAGCUCAUCAAACCUAUGCAAAUCCUCUACAAGGGCACGCUGAGGGUGCUUCUCGUCCUGCUUCACGACUUCCCAGAGUUCCUGUGUGACUAUCAUUAUGGCUUCUGUGACGUUAUUCCACCCAACUGCAUCCAGCUCCGCAACCUUAUCCUCAGUGCCUUCCCACGCAACAUGAGGCUUCCUGACCCCUUCACUCCUAAUCUGAAGGUGGACAUGCUCAGUGAGAUCAAUAUUGCCCCUCGUAUCCUGACCAACUUCACCGGCGUGAUGCCGUCUCAGUUCAAGAAGGACCUGGACUCGUAUCUGAAGACUCGCUCACCUGUCACUUUCUUGUCUGAGCUGCGCAGUAACCUGCAGGUAGGACCGCUGUCUGUCUGCUCACGGUCUCUUCAUAACAAACUUCUAAUCUUUCUUUUCGUCUCCCAGGUGUCGAAUGAACCAGGAAACCGCUACAACAUCCAGCUGAUCAACGCUCUAGUGUUGUAUGUAGGCACACAGGCCAUCGCUCACAUCCACAAUAAGGGCAGCACCCCCUCCAUGAGCACCAUCACUCACUCUGCACACAUGGACAUCUUCCAGAACCUGGCUGUGGACCUGGACACUGAGGGACGUUACUUGUUCCUGAAUGCGAUCGCCAACCAGCUGCGGUACCCGAACAGCCACACCCACUACUUCAGCUGCACCAUGCUUUACCUGUUUGCUGAGGCCAACACCGAGGCUAUCCAGGAGCAGAUCACGAGGGUUCUGUUGGAGAGGCUGAUUGUGAACAGGCCUCACCCGUGGGGGCUUCUCAUCACCUUCAUCGAGCUGAUUAAGAAUCCUGCCUUCAAGUUCUGGAGUCACGACUUUGUGCACUGUGCCCCUGAGAUUGAAAAGCUGUUCCAGUCCGUAGCCCAGUGCUGCAUGGGGCAGAAGCAGGCCCAGCAGGUUAUGGAAGGAACUGGUGCCAGUUAACCUGCGAGCCAGCUUGUAGAGAGACGCCGUGGCCUGGACCCAGCCUGCCGCCACCACACACCUCCUAUUUUCCCAUUGGCACUGGAUAAACUGGUUACCACAGAAGGACUACUGCUCAAAGAUGGAGCUGAUUUUUUUUUUGUUUUGUUUUCCCUGUUGGGUUGAGACGGAGGGUGAAUUUGCUGUUUAAAGAACUUUUUUUGAAGCUUUUGUUGUAAAUAUUGAUAACAGGAGAGCAGGGAAGACAGGAAAUUGAUGCAUUUCACAUGUCAGCUAAAAUGUAUCUUGUUUCACUCACUACCAAAGUCCUUAGUUUGCUUCCUUCCUACACAAAUCCUGUUUUUUUUGUUUUGUUUUUUCUGAAGC